AUGUGUAGUUGAUAUAUCAUGCAUAUAAUUAUUACCAUUACAAAUGUCAUUAUAUUUGUAAAUAUAUAGUGAUAACUUAUAAUAAAAGUAUAACAAUAUAAAAAAAGUUGUAAUGUAUAAAAAAAUUAUAGGAAAUUAAACUUUGACUUUACUUAUAACAAAUUGCUUUCAUAGAAUAUUAUUAUUGAAGAUUAUAAAAAAUAUUAUUUAUAAAUCUAAAGUAUGAAAGUAUUUGCUAUAUGUAUGAAACAAUAUUUUCAAAAACAUUUUUAUUUCUUAAUAGUACUUCUAUAUACCAUAUAUUUAAUCCCUUUCUUAGUGCUAUUAACAUACGCAUGAAAAGGGAAGGGAGAAAACAUGAUCACCUACAGGGUAUAAAAGGAUAGAACGUACAAUCUCUAAGCACAGUAAAGUGGUAGAUCUAAGAGGAAAAAUAUCGUGCUAACACUAUGUUACUAUAUCAUAUUGUAGGUGCCAGCGUUUUAAUAUGCCUGCUAAACGAAACUGCAGAAGCUCUUAUAGGCGUUGAUGAAUGUCAAGCAACUCCAGUUAUUCACUUUUUGCAAUAUCCAGGAUGUGUUCCAAAACCAAUUCCUAGUUAUGCUUGUAGAGGACGUUGUAGCAGUUACCUACAGGUAUCUGGAUCAAAAAUUUGGCAAAUGGAGAGGAGUUGCAUGUGUUGUCAAGAAAGCGGUGAACGAGAGGCCAGUGUAUCCUUAUUUUGUCCGAGAGCCAAACCAGGCGAAAAGAAAUUCCGAAAGGUAAUUACCAAGGCGCCUUUAGAAUGUAUGUGUAGACCAUGCACUAGUGUAGAAGAAUAUGCAAUUAUCCCACAAGAGAUCGCUGGAUUUGCCGAUGAAGGCCCGUUUACGACCUCUGCGCAUUUUAGAAGAUCUUCCGACUUGCAGUAAUUCUUUUAUCAAACUUUAUGUUGUAAAAUUAACAAAAUAAAAGAAAAUAUUAAAGAUAAGGACUCUUUAUUGGAUGUAACGUUAUAAAAACGUAAAUAAAUUGAGAAUGUAAAGUAUUUGAUGUAAAAAAUUCAUUGAUAUAUAAUAUAAAUGCAUUAUAUUAAAAAUAUGCUUAUUCUCUGCUAAAUAUUUUUCAUACAUAGAAAACCUUCGAUGAUAUUAUAUAUUAUUUAUAUAUGUUAUUUUAGCAUUCUUACGUUAAAGGAAAUGAAAGAUAGUUUUAAGAAAAUAUCGUGAAAGAUAACUAAUAUUUUGAUGGAUGUAUAUCAGAAGCCUUAUUAUUUUGUUAUAAAUAAUUUCAGUUAUAUUACAUACAUAUAAAAUAACUACAUUGUAAUAAAUAUACAAUAUAGGAUAUUACGUGUUUAGUAUUUUUCUAAAAAUGCGUAUUUACGUGAUACAUUACAGUAUGAUUAUAAUUUUUGCAUCUUAAUGUUAUACUGUAAAUUAUUACAUCCUGUUAAGUAUACAAUAUCUACAAUUUUUUAAAUUUCAAGUGCAUCAGAUAUUAACGUUGAAACUUUAAUAAGAUUUAUUCGAAAUCGUGUACAUAUAUAUAAUUCGUAUAGUAUUACACGUAUCUCGUUCAGGAUUAUAGAAACAAUAUUAUUUGAACAGUGUUACAAAAAAAUAUACAGGUUACUAAUUUAAUUAAUCAGUUUCUUCGGCGGUGUGAUCGAUGUAUCUAGACA